UUUUGUUUUUUUUUAAAAUUGAAUCAAUUGGUAGGAUGGAAAGCACACGAGACGAUGAUUUGGAAUCAAACUGAAGAGGAAAAGUACACAUGAAGAGAGAGCACUCACCGUGUCUGUGGAAUAGACGAUUUGUGACGGAUCAAACGCGAGACGAUCGUUCUCAUUUUUGGAGAUGAAAGCAAUUCGACGCAGAGAUGAGCAAACAAUUAUUAUUUUUUCUACUUUAGGAGGAGAAGAGAGGCCGGUGGCGAUGGGGACGGGCAAGACGAUUUGCUUCUUGUAUGAGUUUCAUCCUAUCCUCGAUCAUUGUUUUCUCUUCAAUCCUUUUUCUCUUCUGAUCUUUAUCAUAAAUUCAGAACGAGAUUUUGUCUAACCGAGAAGGAUGAAAUGAGAUUCGAGAGAGAUGAUGGAUUGAUCGAGAACGGAAGAGGAAGCGAUACGGAUUUCUCACAAUGGGAGAGGCGAAAGAUAGAGAAACCUUAAAGGGUGGUCCAAUAGAACUUUAAGAGAACUUGCAAAGAAGAAGCGAAUAAGCUUUACUUCCAACGCUUGGAUCCGAUGUCGUUCGAAUCGUGGGUCGGCGACAACCUAAUUCCGGCUCGAAGGAACUUGUCUUCGACGGAAAGAAGAGAGAAUAAUCGGAAACGAAGGAAGACAGAAGAAAAGAAAUCGAGAAAGAAGGCACGCAAUUUUUAACCGUCGAUGAACUUUUGCAAUCUUUAACUGUCGAUGACGCUUUGAGUUGCAGAAGAUGGAACUAUUCACCGUAACCGAAAAAGAAGAAAAUGUAAAGUAACUAUUUAAAAGUGGGUGAAAACGGAGCGGCCACGAUGGUAAGUGAACAUUUACCAUAUUAUUCUGAAUUUUUUUAAACAGACGGUUUCCCGAUUGGUUGAGAAGGACAAAAUGGCAAUAUUGUAUAUUGUGCACAGGGUAUAUCGGUUUAAAAGAGUUUUUAGAUACAUAGUGAAUUAUAAUUUGUUUGCUUGAUGUAGGAUACAAUUUCCCUUUUUAUUAUUUAUGUCUAGUUUGAAAAAUAAACCUGCAACAUUCAAAUUUUCAAAUAUGGACUUUAAAUAAAAUAAUUCCUUUUUUGAAAAUUUUACGGUAGAGAAUAGUUUGAAAUUUUAAAAUAAAUAAUAAUAGGUUAAAUGGAAGUGAUUCUAAUGAUAUUAAUACUGAUUUAAGUUCAAAACAAAAUUGCUUAAGUCGGUUAUAGUCGUUGGAAGUUAACCGUCUCUUUUUGGCGCCUGUUUUUACUUACCAUUUUACCCUUCGCGUGUCGUGGAUGCAACUACGUGGUUCGACGUCGUUUUACACUGCUACUAAUAAAACGACGCUGUUUCAGCAAGAUAAUUUGUAUCCCGCCUUUUCUCUUCUUGGCAAAUCUGGUGACGAAGACGACGACGAACGAUGGCUGAUCCGUUGAAGCAAAUCUGCGACGAACUAGGAGUCUGCAAAGAAGAAGCGCUAUUCUACCUCGAAGGAUUCCGAUGGGAUCUAAACGCAGCGAUGGAGGCUUGCCGCACCAAAACCUUGCCGUCGCCGGCGCCGGCUCAACCUCCGUCGUCGGAGAACGAGAGAACCGCGGCGGAGGAACAAAGGAGAAACGAUAAGAUCGCAAGAGUCAUAGUCGCAACAGGAGCGACUGUAAAGGAAGCGAGAUCUUACCUCAGCCGCGAAAACUGGAACGUAGACAAUGUGUGCCUCUCUUUCUCAGGGAAUGAAGGACCGGACACGAUGCAUGACAUUUUUAGUAAAGUGCCGCCGUUUCAUAGUACCUCGACGAAGCUCAGAAUCGGGAGCCCUCCUUCUGCUAGUACGCCACCGCUUGAAUUGAAACCGGAAAGUAUAAAAAGAUUCCGCAAUGUUGUCUCUGAUGCCUCUUCACAAGCCGUAAUCGAUUGCCUCAACGACUGCAAGGGGAAUGCAGAACACGCCAUCCAAUAUUUCUAUGACGUUUACAGUCUAAAGAAUGAAACUCCCCCAGAAAGUUUACCUGAUGAGAUCAAGGAAGAGCUCAUGGCUUCAUUCUCUUCGACCACUGGGGAGAUUAGACAAGUUGCAAAAGUUUACCUGGAACAGUAUGAGUGGAAUCUAGUCGUAGCCGUCGACUCUUUCUUUAAACAUAGUGACUCAGAUAAACAAACAUCUGCGUUAAAUAACAGAGGUCCGCCUCUUCCCACGGAGACACAAAAGUCACUUGAAGAAGCUGGUGAAGGAGACGUCAGAGUGGCUGUACCUGGCAUGGCGUCAUCUCAAGUGGAUGAUAAGGCUGUAGAGGAAGGUUCAAGCGCGGAGACAGUCCCUGAUCCUUUUGCUAACCGAGACAGGACAACUGUGGACACUCAAGCUGCGCCAAGUACUAUUAUGAUAACUAUCAGAUUGGCAGAUGGGAUUGGGACAACGCUGGAGCUUCCUUUUAGAUCAAACCAAACCAUAAGUGACAUCCGCAAUGCUAUUGACCAGCGAUAUCCAGAUAACGACAGGGGCUACAAUUUGCAAUCGAUGGAUGGAGUAGACUACAUGGAUUGGAAUGUAACUGUAUACAGAGUUACUAGGCAUGAUUCUAGAACUCUCAUGCAGAUCUACCCCUAGCCUUUGUUUUGGUAACAGUUUUGAGAGAGAGUGAGAUAGAAAGAGGAUUCAUAUAGACGUUGAAAAGGAUUCUCGCUUUGUAUAGGAAAAAAAUAUAUAACAGAGAAGCUUCAUACUUGUUUUGAGAUGGGAACUGAUAAGAGGAGAGUUCUUAUUAUAGUUUUGAUUCUGUAUAGUUUGAAACAAAAUGAAAACAUAGCAGCUUCUUACUUUUGCUUUUCCUCAUUCUUGUUUGCAACACGUGAUUAUUCGUUAUCCUGCUGGAAAUUACAACCUUAAACUAAAACCAUAAACAAGAUUAUCUUCUUUUUUUUAUUUUUGGUAAAAAAAACAAAAUUACUUUCAUAAAGCAUCACAAUCCAAAAGUAGCAUUAUCAAUCACCACAACAACAUGGCAUGAGAGUCAGAGAGUGUGUGUUUUUAAUCUAUUUUGGCAAUUUUCCCAAUAAAAUGUGUAAUAUAUAUUAAGUAUUAAAUAUUAGUACAUAGUAGUACGUACUAGAGCAACAAUAUCGGACAGUUUCUUAAGGUUCAAAAAAAUGAAAUAAUAAUAGUUAAAUCAAAUGAUUAAGUUUUAAUUUAAAUAAAAUAAUCAAGUUAUACAUGUGGAACAAAAUGUGUUUAAAACAUGACAUCUGAAACUAAAAGUUAAUAACGGGUUCUUAGACCAUCUCCAUUGAUUAGAGUGGUUCUUGAAAUUAAUUUAAUUAUUAAUUAUGUACUUUAAAUAGUUUAGAACCUUUAAUAUUGUAAUUAGUUUUGAGAAGGUCUAGUGGGAGAAGCCCUAUGAAGUUCUUAAUAUUUUUUUAAGAAAUUGAGUCAAUUGGUAGGAUGGAAAGCACACGAGACGAUUAUUUAGAAUCAAAUUGA